AUGCCUCGUUUCCACUUGUGUUGUAUCUUCAAAUGCUCACGACCCAAAGAUGAGUCUAAACAUAAGCCCACCGCCUUCCAAGAACUUCAAGAUAUUGUUCCUCCUGUUGGAAAUUUUAAAAUUGAGAGUAAAUUCGAAGAUCCGCCUCCAAUGAUUCAUCAAAAGAAUGAGCAAUAUGAGUCCAUAAAUCAUAAAUGUUCCACUGCAGUCCCUGGAAUUGCCAUCAAUCCUACCACAAGCUUGGAACAUAUCGUUGAAUCUAAGUUACCUCAACAAAAUCACAUGUUACAUCCUUUCUAUCAUUCCAGAGAGAUGUCUAAACUUAGGGGAGAAAAGUUUCACAAUAAGCUUGGAAGUUUAUCAGAAGAAGGAGAAGCUGCUUAG